AUGGCUAUGGUGAUGGCUGUGGUGACAUGGCUGGUUCUCGCCAUGAUCCUCAUGACGAGUGUGGCGAGCACGGAACCUGCAAUGCGUGAGCCGCUGCAGGACCAAGCCCGUGUGCCGGCAGCCACGACCCCACAGGGCACGGCACACCAGCACAAAUUCGAGGAGAUCGGAGACAGAAGAAGGGCCAGCAUUGCAGCUGGACACUGGACAGGGAAUGCCACGACCCACCUGGGCACGGCAGUGGCAGCGACUUCGAGGCCAACUUGGCGGCUGGAUCGUGGACAAGGCAUGGCACGACCCGCCUGGACACGGCAGGGGGUCAGCGACUCCGAGGACACCUCCGACUUCACUGGCAGGAGGCACGCCACGACCUACCUGGACAAGGCAGCGGACGGAGACUUUGAGGCCGACUGGGCAGCUGGGCUGCGGACAAGGCGUGCCACAACCCACCUGAGCACGGAAAUGGACGGUGACGUGGUCGCCAUCACCCUGGCGCAACACUCAACCGGGCAGAUCGCAGGCGAGGCAAGGCAGACCUCCGCCUUUGAACACCCCAGGACUAGAGGCCGAGACAUCUUGGAAUUGAUCGAUGAGGAGCAGGCCAGGGAACUCCAUGACUCAGUGGCUGCGGGGCAAGAGGACCAGGCCAUGGCCAGGCUGCUGGCGCCGAGGCUGGAGCAAAGAGCCAGGACAGUCGCCGCCCAGCUUAGCCAUCGAGAAGUCGCCUACGCGAUCAUAGGCCUGCAGCUUGCCCUCAUGCAAGCAGCCGACACCUUGACCUUGAUCCUGGAAGAAAGAUUACACUCAGCGAGGAAGGCACUUGCGAAGAGGAAGGCCGCCCCCACGAGGAGAGCAGAGGGGCGCGACGUGAAUGCCCUCAUGCAGAGGGCGGAUAGGCCGGGCACCACUGCCGAUGCUUUCUGGAAGCCGAUCGGAGACGAGCGCCUGCAAGAAUGCCUCCUGGACAUUGUCCCGGAGCAGACGAACCCGGAGCCCUCGUUCACGCUGCUUGCCACACCGAGUGGCUGCAAGAACGAGACCGGGGAAAGGGACACAACACAAGUCGCCAUGGGGGAGCUGAGAGCCCCGCUGAGUGCUUGGGAUUUCGGGGUUGCCGCACCCCAACCUGCAGGCAAUGCAAGAGGGGGCCCAGCAACUUCAACGAGCGCUGGGUGA